GGCAGCGCCACUCUAGCCAGCUGUUCUGGGCUCUAUCGUGCUGCCUGGCUGGCAGCGGCUGCCAUAGCAACCACAUCCGGAGCUGUUGCCGCGGCUUGCUGUCCGGUCCUGCCCGCGGGAGAGGCGGCAGCGCCCUGCCCUGCCCUGCCCGGGUCGGGUCGGCAGGGGAGCCGGCGCCGGCCCAGCCCGCCCUGCCUGGAGCGUCUCCAAGGCCAGUCCAUCCUUUCUUAUGGGGGGGAAUCUUUCUGUCCAUCCUUCCCUCUGUCCGUCGGGCCAGGGUGGGGGCCAUCAGGGAGUAGGGCACCCCAGGGAGACACUCCCUGGCAGCACCUCAUGGCACUCACAUGCUUGUUUCAUCUGGCUUCAGGGGCACGAGGGGAGAGGGGCGACGGCGGGCGGACCAGGGAUGUGGGGCACCCCGUUCCCGCUCUGGCGAGAGAUGCCGGACAGACGGUGCUGUGCCCGUGAAGAGGAGCUUCUUUAUCCAUGCGGAAAAAGGCCGGGAGAGCCUGCUGUUGGACCCAUGUGGGACUCCAGUUCUGGGACAGGAGCUACGUUAUGCGGAUGAAGAGAGGAUCCUGCCCAAAAUAAACUUGUAACAAGGCCCUGAACUGCUUCAGCAAUGGCAGAACAUCAACAUGCAGGCAACUGCAGUCCCGGUAAGGCCUGCCCUGCAGGGGAGGCAGAUGUGCAGAAUGAAUCUGGAAGGAACUUUUAAUCACUGCAUUCCCUCCUAAGCACCAACUUGGCUUUUUGGACUCUGCUUUCUAGAUCCGGGCAUUCAGAGGUUAAGAUGUGUUAAACGGGGAUUAACCUAUUGAGGGUAUCCAGAAAGAUACCAGUGACUUUACCAAGUUGCUGUUUACAGCAUGAUGACAGUGACCGCCGUAGGCAGACUUGAAAACCUGUCUAAUUAAAGAAGUUGAUAUCAGAAAGCGGCAGGGCAAGAGCACAUAUUUAUGUGUGGGUUUGUUAGGGAGUACUGGAUACCAUGGCAGAGACUUCAGUAGUAGAUCCCUCACCUUUACCUGUCAUAAGGAAAAAGAAAAGCUUAUCCAUUGAGGAAAAAAUUGACAUAAUAAGUGCAGUGGAAAGUGGCAAGAAAAAGGCAGACAUUGCUGCCAAGUACGGCAUAAAGAAGAAUUCGCUAUCUUCAAUUAUGAAGAAUAAAGACAAGGUUCUAGAAGCCUUUGAAUCCUUACGAUUUGAUCCAAAAAGGAAAAGAUUAAGAACUGCUUUUUAUACAGAUCUAGAAGAGGCAUUAAUGAAGUGGUACAGAAUUGCUCAGUGCUUAAACGUACCUGUAAAUGGUCCAAUGCUGCGUCUCAAAGCUAAUGACUUUGCCCAGAAACUUGGACAUAGUGAUUUCAAGUGUAGUAAUGGCUGGCUUGAUCGUUUUAAAUCAAGAUAUGGUUUAGUAUUCAGAUCUCAGCCUGUAGAAACUGGUGCUGCCGCCACACUGGAUACUUCAACUGUUUGGUACCAGAAUGUGCUUCCUUAUUAUUUAAAUGAUUACCAGCCCAAAAAUGUGUUUAAUGUAAAGGAGACUGGGUUGUUCUAUCGCAUGUUGCCUAAUAACACUUUUGCAUUUAAAGGGGAGACCUGUACUGUUGGAAAACUAAGCAAAGAGAGAAUAACGGUGGUUGUUGGUACAAAUAUGGAUGGCACAGAGAAACUUCCUUUGCUUGUUAUUGGGAAAAAUAAAAAUCCUCACUGCUUUAAAGAUGUGAAGUCGCUGCCUGUAGAUUACGAGGCAAAUGAUAUGGCGUGGAUGACUUCAGAAGUCUUUGAACAAUGGAUGCAUAAACUUGAUAAGAAGUUUCAAGCCCAGCAGAGGCGAGUAGUAAUUUUUAUUGACUCUUUCCCGGCUCAUCCAGAGGUAAAGAAUCUGAAGUCUGUUGAACUGGUAUUCUUUCCUUCAGACUCGUCUUCCAAAUUCAUAGCUAUGAAACAGGGAGUUAUCAAAAGUCUGAAAGUCAAAUACAGGCAUCGCCUUAUCAAAAGAUUUGUAGACUGUGUAGAAAGUAGUAAAGAGUUUACACUGACUUUGCUCGAUGCGGUUGAUAUGUUGCAUCUUUGUUGGAGGAAUGUAACUGCAAAGACUAUUGUUAAAAGUUAUAAAGAAGCAGGCUUCAAGUCACAAUCUGGGGAGAAUGAUAACAUGGAAACAGAGGUUGAAAAUGAUUUAGAUUUGAUUGCACACGCAUUGGCAGCUGGAGUAGAGUUUCCUGAAGGUUUGUCUUUGGAAGAAUAUGCAGCUCUGGAUGAUGAUCUAGUAACAUGUGAAAUGCCUACAAAUAAUGAAAUUAUAUGGGCCAAAGAAAGCACUUCAAAUAAAAUUUGUUUGUCUGUUUCUGAUGAUGAUGAUGAUGAAGGUGAUGGUUCACCAGGAACUGAACAACCUUUGCCAUCAAAAAACGAGGCUCUGAGUGCCUUAGAUACUCUAAGAAGAUAUCUCAGAAGUCAAGACUUAAAUGAUUCUCUUCAUAAUUCCCUAGCAGACCUAGAGAAUUUUAUUCAACAUGUAACAUCUAAAUGAGGGGGAGUGUGCUUUAAUGUUUCGUAAAAUAUCUACUUAACCAGUUAAAAGCUAGGUAUUGUGUAGCAAGUGUUGCUGCAAGAUUCUCUCUGGUUGGUCUUAACAGAAAUGCCAGGUAUAAUUAAAAAAUUUAGAGUAAUCAACAAACAAGGCUCUCACCUGAGCUGUUCCAAGGAUUAUGGGAUGAGAAAGUAAAAUGGGUGGGUAUUAAGAUGGAGAUUCUACCUUAGCAGCUGUGGUAGGCACAGCAGAAGCAAAAAUGAUUAUUCACCUAAUAAAUGUAAACAGAUUAAAAUUAUACUCUUUGUUCAUGAAGGGUGCUAGCCUUUUCUUACAGGAGUAAUCUGACUGAAUUUUUUAGAACUAUUUACAAUAUAUUGGUAAAGACCUACCUGGUUCGGUUUUGGGAAUUACUUCUUUUUAUAAAGUACAAAAGAAAAAAAGGACAAAAUAGACUUGAGCAUUUUGUAAAGAAACGAGAUAACAUUUCCUUUCCUUGUUACACAAUCAUAGUCAUAAUUUAUUUUUUGGGUGAGAAACUCUGCAGAAUUAGAGGCAUAGAUAGGGUUUGUUUUGUUUUCUUACAAAAGCUUUCUGGGGCCUGUAUAUACAUACAUGCACAGCCAUACAACAAAGUGUGAAAAGACAAAACAAACACAAAUAAAGGAACAAAAAAAGUGACUCAUUAUUUGAUGGGUUACUUGUCGUAAGAGGAUGAAAUGGAAGAUCAUGUAACUUCAUUUCAGGUGCUGGGUAUCUGAAAUUUAGGGUUGAUACCCUUCUACAUUACUCUUACAUUUUUCUAUGACAGAAAAAUUAUUGCUCGAUUAUGCAGUAUCUGCAUUAGAAAUUUUGCUAAACUUUUCUAGUGUUUACUAUACUUGGUAAUAAUGAAACAAAUAAAGUACUUAAAUUUAUAGCACUACCUGUUAAAUGUUACAAAGCAGGGACACUUUUCCUGUAGUAGGACUUUUUUGAAAUAGUGCAAACUCCUAGUGUAGACACAGUUGACACAGUCAGUACAGUUUGCUUUGGUUUGGCUUACUAGGUGUGAGUUUGCAUCGGUGCAGCUACACUCAUGGCUAAAAUCUCAGUAUGGGUGAAGCCAGGUUUAUGAAACUUAAAAAAAUAAAUAAAAUGUUUGUGCAUUUUUUAACAUACUUAGAAUAGUUUUUGGUUAAUUGAAAUUGACUUUUUAAAAGUU